GUUAGCUUUAUGCAGAUGAAGAAGAAGCUCUGUUGUGAACGUUCAGAAACCAUGUGUUACAACUAGUGUUUCAUCGACUCCAUAUAAGAUGAAACGCUCUGAAGCAGAGCAAAUGCAUCCCUGCCUCUAUUUAGAAGUCUGUUCCCAUGACGAGGAGCCGCGUCUGCCCCUGCACUCCGCCAUCGUCCUGUUCCUCCUGUCCUACUGCGAGUCCAGGUCUUUCAAAGUCUUCCUGGUUCGCAGAGAGAGCGACAACAAAAGCUUCCCUGAGUCCCAGAGGUUUCACCUCCCAGAGUCUCUGAGUGUGUACGAUUUUCUCUCCCCGGAGUGUCUCCCGCAGCUGGUGAGGGGUUGCCGUCUCCCGGCUGCCGUGGAUGAGAGCGGGCGGCUCUGCCGGGCUGGGCUGGCGGUGGUCCUCAGGCACGUCAUCAUCAGAACCAUCGAGGCUGACCCCUCCAGGAAGGAUGUGCAGGAGCUGCUGGGGUUUAAGAAAACCUGUCUGAAAGCUUGUGCAGAGGUGAGCAAAUGGACCAGACUGUGUGAAUUGGGCAUCCCCUCUGCAGUCGAGGAACACCUUCAGAAACCCACAGAACAGGCCCAGCUGCUGCCUCCUGCUAUUGUUACCCUCGAGCAACGACUUGCCGAGCCCGUCAAAGUACACAACGAUGACAAAAUCCGGAGACAGAAACUUCAAGAGCAGAGACAGCGGCAAAAGAACGGCACGCCUGAAGGCGAGGGAAAACCCGAACUUGAAGGACUCGAGCUCAGGGCGGCUCUGGCCAAACUGGCAGUGGAUUCAGUUCCAGUAGGAACCACUAGAGAGAACUCUGAGAUCAGGAAAGUGAAGACAACAGAUUUACCUGAACUGGAGCAUGUGUUUGCUGAGGGACUUUACUUCACUCUGACUGAUGUAGUGCUGCUGCCCUGCAUUCAUCACUAUCUGUGCUCACUCCAAGCCCACACACCAAGCACUCUGCAGCAUCUCCCCCGCCUCCUGCGCUGGUACGGUCGCGUUCAGGAAGUUCCUGGGGUCCUUCGAGCAGCCAAGGAUUGUGGGUUAAUUCUGUCCAAAGUCCAGGUUCCAUCACCCAGCCUCUUUGGGCCACCACAACAGGAGAACCUUGAUGACCUGCUGCCUACAGAGAACCAGGGCGUCACACCAAACCUUCAUUUUGUCGGCGGUCCAAGGCCCACAAUGUCUAAACUCAAGGAAAAUGGCAUCGAGGCAGUCUUCUCUCCUCAUCCUUGCCCUGCUUGGACUCUCCCGUGGGAUAGAUUACCAGCAGCUAUCAACCCCACUGAAGGAAAAAUGUCUGACAUCCGAGCCAUCAGGAAAAUGCAACAACUAAAUAACUUGGCUGUGAUGGUGACAGAACUGGCCAGGCCGGGAGACACAAUAGUGGAUUUCUGCAGUGGAACGGGUCAUGUGGGGAUUGUUCUGGCGCACACACUUCCAGAUUGUCAGAUCAUCCUUAUAGAGAACAAAGAGGAAUCUUUGGUUAGAGCCCAACGUCGCAGCAUUGAGCUUGGCCUGAAAAACAUUGGUUUCCUUCAGGCCAAUUUGGAUUACUUUACUGGAGCGUUUCAGAUUGGGGUUGCCCUCCAUGCAUGUGGGAUUGCGACAGACAUGGUGUUGGAGCACUGCGUCCAGGCAGGAGCCGCCUUCAUCAUCAGUCCUUGUUGCUACGGCUUCAUCCAGAACGCAGUCAAGUUCACCUUCCCAAAGAGCAAAAGGUUUCAAGAGACUCUUACAUCCAAGGAACACAUGAUCCUUUGCCGCUUUGCAGAUCAGACUGCGGUCCAGUUACCACCCGAGAGGCGCCUCAUUGGAAAACACUGCAUGGGCUUGGUGGACCUGGACCGGGCUUGGGCUGCAGAGACUCAUGGGUACUCGGUUCAGGUGAUGACUAUGGAGCCUGAUAGCUGUUCGCCAAAGAACAACAUGUUGAUGGGAAGGCCACCGCAGAGGACUGCAGAGCCAGCUGGACAAGUCGAUGCAUAAUCAGGACUGUGAGCUCUACUGCACAGCUGAGCGUCUCCAGAAUCGUUGAGAUUGAUCCUGGGUCUCUUGUGGCAGAAGCGUUUCUUUUACAUGUCUGUUUUCAAGCAAUAUUGGUUUUUAUGAAAGGUGGAAACUGUUAAACUGCAUUUUUAAAAGUCAGAUCCUCAUUCUAAAAAAAUAAAAUUGGAACCAACAAGGAUGGAAGAUGUUUUUAUUUAAACCGUGAGUUUGUUAGAGAUUCUCUGUCCACAGGUCGCCACCAAUUCGCAGUGCUAUGAUUGUGUUUUGCUGAUACUGUGUGAUCUAGCUGUCCAUGUUCACACAAGCUUCAGUAAUUUUACACUUACUUUGUUAAUUAAGCAACUCAUACAUCCGCACUUGCAGACAAUCUGCAUAAGCAGUCAGAUCUUUCUGAUUAAAUGAGGGGGAAGCUCAGAGCUAUGAAACUCAUCUGCAGGUAAAGAUCAACUAGGGAAUACCUUCAGUUCUACCUCACCUUCACUUCUGAGUGUUUUAAUCAAGUUGUGGUGGAGAAGCACCUUUAGAGGUACAAAGAAGCUUUCAGCUCCAAAUAGUUACGUUUAAAUUAAGUCUUUGUGUAAUUCUGUGGAGAAACUGAAUAUUUCUCAUAAAAGAUAUGUAAAUGGUCCAGCAUCCUGCAAAAGUACUCGCAUCCAUUGAAUUUUUACAAAUAUUGAUAUAUCUGCAGAUGUUAGAUUUUUAUGUGAUGCACAGUAUGAUUGUGAGUUGGUGGCAGAUUUAUCUUUUUAAAACAUUUCUACAGAAAAAAUCAAAAGGGGUAGGCCACCCUGCGUUCCCGCCUUUCCAAUUAUUACAUGAUCAAGCCAUGCUGGUUUUUUCCUUUGCUUUUGUUCUUUUAUUUGUCCCUAUAUUAUAUUCAGCAGUAUUUAUUAAUUAAUGAUUGUGUCAAAAAGAUUUAUGUUGCUUGGUAGCGUUUCGAUAGAGAAGCUUUGAGGGAGAUGCAGGUCUCCAGCAUCUGUACUCAUCUGAAUUCUGUCAGCAGAGUCAGUCUGUCCUGAAGUGAAUAGCCACAGACACCACUUGUUUCAAGGAUUUUUCCUCAAGAGGAGGCGUCUGACUCCCUGUUCACGUUCGUGGCUCUGCAGGAGUGUACGCAGGUGGUGUGACAAGAAGCCUGCAUCUUCACCUAUGAAAUUGCUUGAUUUAAGCUGAAGGGAAGAUACUGGAGAUUGAAUGGGGUGCCUUAUUAUUGCAAAACAGGUUCAGUGGAUUAGUUGAUUUCACUUUUAAACAGUGAUCAUUCUCUUGAAGCUUUUCAAUGAGUGUAUCAUGCUAAGACCUCAAUAUUAUUCUGAAACUGGAUAAUAAAAAUUUAUUUUUGUGUUAUUUUCAAAGCUGAGUCAAGAAGAUUAUUUGCUUUCGUCUAAAGUAAUCUGAAACUUUGUGCAAAUUGUUUUCAAAGAAGACAGGCAUUUCAUCUGUGAGUAGUAUUUAUUCAGAAGAUCUCGAUAAUCAGAUGUGUGGAUACCUGAUUUAGCUUUCAAAAGGUUUUGCAACAAAACUAAACCAAUUUUCCAAGUUCUAACAGUUUAUCCACUUUAUUCUUCUUACUGAUACCCCUGUGUUAUAAACAGUCCAUUGUUCUAUACUUAGGCCCCUACUUUUUGUGAUCAAGCAGAUAAGAGCUUUCCAAAUUGACAAUUAAAAUUGUAUUUAUGUUGCUUGGUUACUGAAGAAAGCAUGCAAAAAAUCCAUUUGAAAUGCAUGUAAGAAAAUGUGCUGCUUUUUGUUGUUUUUGCAACAUGUCUGCUCUUU